AGAUGGAUUCUGGAGUUGUUCUUAUGUCCCACUAGAUUCAGGGUAGCAGUGACCUAGCACUUUCCCAGUUCUCUCUCUAGAGCCUCAGGUUGGGCUUCUGUAAUGCAAGAUGGAAGUGGCUGUUUUUACUUGGUAUCUGUUUCUCAUCUUGCUUUUAUUCAUAUUAUAAAAUUGUGAGUUUAAAACCAAGUGCUGCAUUGCUUUUCACUGUAAAUAAUUUCAGUUACAAAAUUAAAGUAACAUGUGUGAUUUAAUGGUGUUUCUGAAGAAUGUUUAUGUGUAUGCAGAAUAUGCAGUACUGGGCUAGACACACAUUCUGACUAAUGUUCAGGUCUGGCUCUGAUAGCUUCUGCCUUUCAAUCUGGUCUCUGUCCUGCUGUGGGAGAACUCUGGAGAACUGAAGCCCUUGUAGUUUGGUGCUGGCAGCCAUGUUUUUAUGGCUGAUUAGCUUGCCAUAUUACUGUGUCCUAACCCUUGGGGCCAGAGGUUCAUUUGGCUCUCCCCUCCCUUGCUCUGAUCAACUGCAGUGCUGUAGUUGCCAGCUAAUGGAAGCCAAGCCUCAGCCUUCCCAAGAGUGCCAUUGGCUGUGGAACCAGAGGUCAGAUAGCAUGUGAAGAAGAGGUGGUGUGAUUCCUCAGACAAAAUGGUUCACUGGUUCUCUCAUUUUCAGUCACCUGCUUAAAAACCCACUUGCAAAUGUCAAAUGACACCAGACCUCAACAGGGCAAUCAUAUUUUAAGAUUUGGAGAGAAGUGUUCAAAUAGUUCCACUUAGAUUCAGCCUAGCAGCGACUCCUAAAUAGGAGUUCCUGCCUCCAUAAUUCCCUAGGUAACUUUGUCAGAAGAGACAAACUGGAGACUUUCUGACUCUCAGCUUCCACUCUUGGGCACUAGUCCACACAUACCUUACUUUGCUAAGAAAUUUAAUUACAAAAUUCCUUGUCCAUAUCUUUGGCAGUUUGGUGAUAGGCAGAUGGCUACUGCUGAGUGAGACUAAAAGUAAUCUAGCUUAACUUGGAAGAGUUCAGGCUCGGUUGUUGACCCUUGUUGUUUUUUGUUUUUGUUUUUGUUUUUGUUAUGGAUUACUCAGCAAACCUGAGUUCAUGGAAGUAUCUGUAGCCUGCAGUUAACUCCAUGAAUACCAAAAGGAUACCGUCUGCUCUGUAUGAAAGAAAUGCUGCAGAGGAAAGAUGCAGCAGACUAGCAGCCAAGCGGGUUUAUUCUGGAUUUGCAGUUAUAUAGUUUCCUCAAACCCCCACCCCUACCUCAGAAUAGAUUGGGAGAAAGAGCUUCUGUCCUUACUAUCUCUGGGUCUGUCUUGUAUUUCUGAGUACUAGUGGGAAAACCUCCAUUGUACCAACCUCUCGCCUACAGAUAGAUUGGAUGGAUGGAUAUAAAAAUAUAUUAUAUGUAUCUAAAUUCUGCAUUGUGGCAAUCAGUGUCCCUGAAUGUUUGCUGGGCUUAGUAUACAACCUGACCAUAUUUUCUAAUAGCCAGCAAAAUGUUCUCUCUUUCAUUUCCACAGAACGUUAGUGGGUGCUUUUGUGCACUGAUGCCCAGUGUGGGUGCAACAGUGGAGGAGUGUCAUGUUUAUCUGUGUCUCUAUCUGUUCAACCAACCUUUGUCCUGCCAUCCAUCCUUGACUAUGGUGCUUUAGCUCAGAAAUAAAAUUCUCCAGAAGGAGGUGUACCCUUAGAAUUGCCCGCCUGAAAGCUAGAGGGGACUCUUGUACCUUUUACUGGUUGUGUAGAAAAGGGGAUUUCAGCAGAUGUUUUUUGUUACCUGGUUGUGUGACAAGCAGUACCAGCUGAAAUGUGCUCUUCUUCAGAACUAAUAAAAGAAAAGGAGUUAUCUCCAGUUUUCACUAUACCCCUCUGUACGGAUGGAGAUUAGACCUUUAAAGUGUUGGUAGCUUCUGUGAUGCAUUCUACAGGUUUUUUCUCACUUGCUGGUCACCAGAACUAAGCAACCUAGUGGUUAUAUAUAUAUGGAUGGACUCCAUAUGCAGUUGCGUUUAAUUUGUUACACAGACAUUAGUCUGCUGCUAUAUUCCAGUUGUAAAAGAAGGAGGGGAACUAAGACUAAGGUUGGCGGGAGCUGGAAGAAAUCAAGGCCAGUAAAUCAUAGCUGAGAGCUCAGAAGCCAUACAUCCUGUCAAAUUAACAUUUCACCAGACACUUUAUACACACUUUCAGGCUUUCCUUUGUGUGUGUGUGUGUGUGCAGGGGGCAGGGGAGUACUAAAUUCUGCAUCAGACAUUCUUGUACUUCUCUGAAUCUUUAGACUAUGUCUUACUUUUAGUAAACAGCCUGAUGACUAUAUAUUUCUUUGUCUGGGUCACUGGCUUAUUUCUGCCAGAUAGCUUCCUCUUUUCCUAUUGCUACUUGCCUCUGGGCAAAUUUUCCAGCAUGGAGUGUUGCUACCCAGAGUCAACAUAUCCCUGAUUGUAAGCUGCCACACUUUGCUUCUACUCAUAGAAGACCUGGAGGAAAGUGUGGGCCCAGCUCUUCGCUGACAGCCCCUCCGGUGUUGCACGACUAGAGUAUUUUGAAACUCGUGAAGGGGUCAAAGCGGAGAAGGCAACGCUACGCAAGGGGGAGCGCAAAGUGAUCCGCCUCUCAGAUUGUGUAUCUGUGGAACGCACUGGGGAACACAGCUCACCCAAGGACACAGCACCAAUCUGCUUGUGCAUGAUGGAGCGCAGCUACUUCUUGGCAGCAGAUCAACCAGAUGAGUGGAUAGAGUGUAUCUGCAAAGUGGCUUUUCAGAGAACACCUGCCCCAUGCAGCACAAUGGUGAACACUCCCAGCCCACAGCCCCUAAUGGAAGAGAACACUAUCUACUCCUCCUGGCAGGAAACAUGGGAAUACCCUGUGGCAGUAUUCCCAACCGAGGCUUCUGCUCGAUGUCACUUGAAGGGAAACUACUUGAUAGUACCUUUACGUGAGCAGCUGGUGCUGAAGGAUGUGCAGUCUGGGAAAGCAAUCUAUACCUGGCCUUAUGCCUUCCUUCGACGAUUUGGCCAGGAAAAGACUAUAUUCUCUUUUGAAGCAGGGCGGCGCUGCAGUUCAGGAGAAGGCCUCUUUACUUUCAGCACUGUCCGGGCUGCAGAAAUCUGCACAACCAUCUCAGCAGCCAUAGACCGCCAGAAAGCCAUUCUUCUGAUGGAUGGAGACAAGAAAGCUGGGCUUUCUGCAGUUCCAGACUCUAUGCAGAAAUCAAGCUGCUGUCCUUGGCCCACAAACAUGGAGAGCCUGGAGGAAAAGGAACCUCUGUAUGAGAGAACCCCUGUGGGACUUGUAGAUGUGGGUCUCCCAGCAGUGCCUCCAAGUGAUAGCUUUUCAGCUUCCCCUGAAAAGGUUGCUCCUGAGUUGCCCAUCAUCUAUGCUUCCAUUGGCAAGAGCUUCCCACCCUUAUUUCAGCCCUGUGGCAUGGUGGAAGCCGAGCCCAAGGAGCAGAGGGGCCAACUAUCUGACCACCUUUAUGAGAACCUGUGUGCUUUGGAGCAGCAGCGCGCCCUCCAAUCUGAGUCUCUUGGCUUCAGCUACAGGGACUCCCUUGAAGGUAGUGGCAGCAUCAGCACUGAGCCCUCCCCCAUCUACGACAACAGCCCUGUGGCUGCCAAGCGCUCUAGUAGCCAUCCCUGCCCCAGUCCUACUACAGGGGCUGACUCCUCCCCAGAGAUCCAGCACCCUCCUCACCCGCUGGAUUACCAAGAGGCAGCCAGGGGGAGUGAAGGGAACACCAAACCUAAGGCAAGAGGAGCGGGUGCUUUCAGGCACCGGUUGGUCACUAUGCUGAGCAGAGAUACAGGAACCCCCAAAACAAUCAGCAAGAACACGAGUGCCACAGACAAGUCCUAGAAGACCCCUCCGAUUGUGGGAGACUAGGCACGGGACUGAGAGUUCUUCUCAGAGCUUGGGAAACUUAUUUUUUGGAGUACCACAAUCCCCCAAUCUGUGUGGCAAGGCUGACUAGGGGAUUGUGGGCAUUGCAAAAAACCAAAUUCUCCCAAGUUCCAGUUCUUCCCAUGAUUUUUCCUGCUUCUCCUCCAUGAGCUCACAUCCUUGAUGUCUACAGGGAUGGGAGAAUCUUUCUGACCUGAAGAUCCAGCUUUCCAGGCUAGAAGUUGUUGACCUGAGAAACUGGCCUAGAUAGAGACUCCAUUGAGUCUGCUUUAGAUAGUUAGUGACUGGGAGGGAUUGUUUCAAUAACCACAUCAGUGGAUAUAAAGGAAGCUGGAAAGCUAGGUGUAUAUGUAAUGUUUAGGGGUCUCUGCUUCCCUUUUUAUCUCAUUAAAUUUAGUUUCUUACAUUGUCAA